UUAUAAUCCUCUCUUGGAUCAUUGAGCUUUCCCAGUCUUUACUUCCAACCAUCUUCUUGUCGGGAAAGUUUCACACGGAGGAAUUCUAGUGCGAUGGCUCCACAACACUCGGCAUCUACCGUCUUGAGCAUCAGAUCUGAUUUUCGAGAAGGACAGUUUCGUGGGCAGCUGAAGAGCGAACUGGACAGAAACGGCAGCUGCAACAGUUUUCAGAACGUUUACAGAAUUCCACAUUUCCAGCACAGUUACCCCAAGGCCCAACUAAACCCCUUGACUCCCGAGUACACAGACAUUGCUAAUGACUGGUUGGUUUCUUUUGGCGUAGAUAAGGAGCUGGGUCCAAGUUUAUGGACAUCGUUUGUGGCGGCCAAAUCUCCUGAGCUUAUAGGCUAUGUGUUCUACAACGAUGUAGAGCCAAGAGAUUUCCUCUGGCUCUGCAAAUUCGUUGCAUUCAUUUUUGCUUUCGAUACGAAGAUGGAUGAGAGUGAUUGGGCAGACGCUGUAGAAUUAUCCUGUGAUAUGAUUUUAGAGAUGAGUUUGCCGUUAUUGUGGAAUGACCCUGAGAACAAGAGAUUACUGGAACGCUUGAACUCCAUUUUGGAUCGGUUGAUGGCCACCGAGGCUUCCAGAGAACGCCUACAGAAUCGCACAUUUCAUGCAGAUUUGGUGCAUGCCAGGAACGAAUCCAAAUCACUUCUCGACGUUAAGAUGGGACCUUUGGCGUCGGCAUUGCGAGAUCUGUGGUUGGAAUAUAUAGAAGCUGUGCCUGCUGAGUUUGCAUCUAGGGAGGCUGAGCUUUUUCUAGACAUCUUGUCCGCGUGCCUCUGGGAACAAAAGAAUCGAAAGACAAGAGAAGAAAUCACUAUUCCCGAUUUCAUUACCCUUCGACGAUCUGCUGUGUGUGCGUUGCCGUUAGUUGUAUGUACCGAUCUCAUAAUUGAGCAUAAAAGACAGAACUAUGCAAUGUCUCAUCUUCCCAAUAGCAUUUUCUAUGGAAAUAAUAUGCAGAAUCUACUCGCCGCCUCUGCUGACUGCCUUGCGUGGCAUAAUGACGCCUUCAGCUUCGAGAAGGAAAUAUACCGCGAUGGCGAUUUGCACAAUUUAGUGGAAAUCGUGUCCCGACAUUACAACUGUCAUUCGCACACACAAGCAGGAGAACUUGUAAUCGAAUUACUGCAUGACAGAAUUGCUGAGAUGGAGCUUGCGUACGAAAACCUAAAAUCUGAGGCCUCGCCUGAGUCUCACCCCGCAAUCGACCGGUACAUGAAAACGUGUAGAGAUUGGAUUGCUGGAACUCACGAGUUCCACAUGACUUCCGAGCGGUACAAGAAUUCCAAUUCUCUAUCUGAGAUAGAAGAAAUCUGAAAAGGUAGAACACAGCAUCAGAUUCUCAAUUACAAGUGUCAGUUACAAGUGUUCAGGCUUGGGUGAAAGUGGGCACGAAUAUACUUGGUAUUAAGUUUGCCUGCAAUCGUUAAGCAAGGCUGAAUAUAAACUAGAGUUGAUGUUGCUGAAGCGUUCUCAUGGCAUGUAGGACUUACUGUGUAUGAGCAAGUAGUCAAGGGAAGUUGUAUUCAAGGACCUCCAAUCUGGAUAAAUACGAUAGUACUUAAAAUUCUGGACUGUCUAAUGCUUCCAUCAUACUGCUGCAUUUUUUCAAGACUACCAAGUAUACCUUCAAAAAU